AUGGCUGCAGGGCCCGGCACAGCUGAGAGAAAGAGCGCUCACAUCAGGUCAUGGCCCGCGAUCGCGGGGAUGGCGAAAUCCCCGAAACAUGCGGCUCUGCCUUUUGUCGGGCCGUCUUAUCCUAUCCAGGAGAAGUUCCGGCCUGUCGCCGUCUGCAACCCCCGAGCAGUUGUCGCCAACCCAAAGCGCCCCCGCCUACCAAUAAGACCGCCGCUCAUCAUGCACACCCACGGCCAACGGGUGCCGGCAACUCUCGACUGGACGCUCCAUCUGUUCAUGUGGACGCUUGCUGCCAGGCCGGUCUGGCAUCAACCCCGCUUGGGUUGUGACCUGCUGUGA